AUGUCUGAUAAUUCGAUUCUUCGACCUAGUGGCUUAGCUCAUGUCGUCUUCAGAACGGCCAACAUCAGCGACCUGGUAGAAUUCUGGUCCAUAUUCCUGGGCGCGGAACGGGUAUUUGAAAACGAGUUUAUUGCAUUCCUCCGCUAUGACGAAGAACAUCAUCGCGUCGCUAUUAUCAACGAUCAAAGCACCGUUCCUCGUCCGGCAACCGCGGCAGGUCUUCACCAUGUCGCCUUUGCCUACGAUACGCUCCAGGGACUUCUUAAAGCCUGGAAGUUGAGAGAGCAACUUGGGAUCAAGCCGACAUGGUGUGUCAAUCACGGACCUACGACUAGUAUUUACUACAAAGAUCCGGAUGGAAACUCUAUUGAGACUCAAGUCGAUAACUUUGACACCGUCGAGGAGGCAAAUGAGUUCAUGGCCUCCAGAUUUUUCCAAGAAAAUCCCAUCGGAGUAGAUAUACACCCAGGUGAGCUGCUUCGCCGAUUGGAUGCGGGCGAGGAUGAGAAAGCCAUUAAGAAGCGAGUUGAGAUGGGGAAGCGUCAUGAUAUUCCAGCAGCAGUGUAG